AUGGAAACAUCUCAUUUUGCAUCUCUAACCACCACUUACUCCAGUGACAACCCCGAUACCACAUGCAAGCGUUAUACCCAACUCUUGCACGAGUACAAUGAUAUCAAGGAUGUCGGGCAGGGAUUGAUGGGGCUUCUUGCUGAAGCGAGAGGGGCGAGGCAGAUUGAGGUGGAGAAAGAGUUUGGGGUUUCGGACGAGAUUUGA